UGAAGUCCCAGACCGAUCUCGGGGUAGUUGAUCAUCGAAUGGGAGUCGCGAUUAUAAAGCUAAGCCACAUAUUGAUUUCCUCUGUCUUCCGUCUGUCUUUCAUAGAUGGUAUCGUCAUUAUAAACCCCUACCCAUUUUACCUACCUUCCUACAAGAGAACAUCAUAUCAUUACGACGGCGCGUGAUUAUCAUCCCGCACACCCUUUUGAAUCCCCGGCCUUCCUCAUCCUAGGACUACCACUACCCAGACACCGUUGAGACUCCAACAUCACCGAAACCAUCGGCCAUUACAGCCAGCAUUGCAGACCCCCGCGCUAGCUGUCCAUCUUGAAUGCCUAUUUUCUCCUAUUGCAGAUGUGGAUGCUCGAUUUGAUAGACACCUGCAUUUCAUCCCGCGGAAGAUAAAUGACGGUUUCCUCGGGGGCGGGCGGUGACGAAUCCGCGAUCCCUCUUCCGGCACGAUCAAAAAGAGAAAGAUGGCGACGGCGCCUGUCUCGCUUGUCCGACCCCCUCCGCAAGAUCCUCGACGUUUUCGAACCCGGCGAUCGUCCAGGCCGCCACCGAUCGAAUGUUGACGCACCACCGUUGGUUGUCUACCAGGCCCCCGACACUGCAGAGGAAUGGAAAAUCUGGGGCCGCUUGCUCGACGUCAACAACAACACCAUUCCGGUAAUCAUCGCGGUCGACACCCAGUCUGAAAAGGACCUUAUCUCAUCCGAGCUUCGGAGACGAUUGAAGCUCGAGUUGAAGCCGUGUGGUGAGCAUGAGCAGAUCAUCACCCUUCAUGCCGACCCGACCCCUGUGCACGGCGUGGUCGAAAGCGUGGCGUGGGGACGGGUGCCCGGGCGAAAGACCUAUGUAUCCGACUUUCGUGUUGUUGACACCGAUCACUUCCAAGUCAUUAUUGGAAAGGACACCAUCAACAAAUAUGGUUUGGCCACAUUGAGUCCGGAUAUUUGAGGGCGGCAAAGGAAAUGGGGGAUGCCGUCGUUGGCAGAGUUGCACCCGGCGGACAGGCUAGUUCUCGCACGGUAUAUAUAAAUGGGGCGUUGUCCAAUUCACGAGACAUGUAUUUAUGAGAUCUUUAUGGUAAUUCAGGCGCAAAUUGUCAAGUAGGGGGGGGUAUUAUAGCUGGUGUCUUUGGAGUUGGGGUGAUAUUUGUCUAUCAACAUCAAUGAUAACAUGGAUCUACAGAUCAUCAGAUGUCGUGGCCAGCUUUGAGACCUAUCGCGUCACUCCUUGUUGAAACCAUACAUAUCUAUCUGCACAU